AUGGCUGAUGCUGACACUGCCGCCGUCACCGAGGCUGCGGCCAAGCUCGUGCUCGACGAUGUGACGGGUGAGAUGGUCUCUAAGAACGAAUUGAAGAAGCGCACCCAGAAACGAGCGAAGAAGGCUGCCACCGAGAAGGCAAAGGCCGCUGCCGCCACUUCUGGCGCUCCCAAUGCGCAGAGCGCGCCCAAACCCAAGCAGCCAAAACAUGAGGACGCCGUUGUGGACCAAGAUGCGAUUUUCAAGGUCGGUUUCCUCGACGAAGUUUUCAAAGAGCGACCUGUAAAGCCCGUGGUCACGCGAUUCCCCCCGGAGCCCAAUGGCUUCCUUCACAUUGGCCACGCCAAGGCCAUAUGUGUCAACUUCGGUUUCGCCAAGUUUCACGGUGGCAAGACAUAUCUGAGAAUGGACGAUACGAACCCCGAAGCCGAGGACGAGACUUUUACCAAGGCCAUUGUGGAUAUGGUUGACUGGUUGGGCUUCGAGCCAUGCGCAGUCACAUUUUCGAGCGACAACUUUCAAAAACUUUACGACCUGGCUGAGGAGCUUAUCGAGCUGAAGAAAGCUUACGUAUGCCAUUGCAACGAUGAUGAGAUCAAGGCUCAGCGAGGCGGCGAAAAUCAUGGUCCCAGGUUCCGUUGCGCUCACGCCGAACGCAGCGUCGAGGACAAUCUGGCCGAGUUCAGAGCGAUGAGGGACGGUAAAUACAAGCCCCGUGAGGCUUUCUUACGCAUGAAGAUGGAUAUCGAGGAUGGCAAUCCUCAAAUGUGGGAUCUAGCUGCCUACAGAAUUCUCGAUAAGCCUCACCAUCGCACAGGGUCGAAAUGGCGAAUAUACCCAACCUAUGAUUUCACGCAUUGCCUUUGCGACUGUAUUGAACAGAUUUCUCACAGUCUUUGCACCACCGAGUUUAUUCAAAGUAGAGUAAGCUAUGAUUGGCUUAAUAACAUCUUGCGAGAAAGUUUGCCUGCGAUAAGUGAGCAAAGGGAGUACGGUCGCUUGAGUAUCACGGGAACCGUUCUAUCUAAGCGAAAGAUCAUGAAGUUGGUUGAGAAUAAAAUUGUUAGAGGAUGGGACGACCCAAGAUUAUAUACUCUGAUUGGUAUCAAACGACGAGGUGUGCCGCCGGGAGCUAUAGUCGAGUUUGUAUCGGAGCUUGGCGUCACAACAGCGCCAAGUGUUAUUCAGAUUGCAAGGUUCGAACAAACCGUCAGGCGAUAUCUGGAGCGUACAGUGCCACGGUUAAUGGUGGUCCUUGACCCAAUUCCUGUCAUCAUAGAAGAUGCGGAGGAAACAGAGGUGGACGUGCCCUUCUCGCCCAAGAACCCGGAAAUGGGGUCGCAUAAGCUCAAGUUCACCCAGACUGUCUAUAUUGAUCGUUCAGACUUCCGAGAGGUCGACAGUAAGGAUUACUUCCGUCUCGCGCCCAACAAGACUGUUGGCUUGCUCCAGGCCCCCUAUCCAAUCAAGGCUGUUUCUUUUGCCAAAGAUGAAGUAACGGGUCAAGUAACCGAGGUUCGCGCUGUAUUCGAUAAGGAGACGAAGAAGCCUAAAACUUUCAUUCAAUGGGUACCGGCCGGCUCCCGUGAGGUGGAGGUCCGGAUUCACAAUUCGUUGUUCAAAUCGGAGAAGCCCGAUGACGCCGAGGGUGGAUAUCUGAACGACCUGAACCCUAAGAGCGAAGUGGUUUACCCCAAAGCAAUGAUCGAGUCAGGCUUUGAUGAAGUGAAGGCCCGCGCGCCGUGGCCUGAGGCUGCUGGCGAAAGCCAGCUUGGUAAGGGAGGCCUCGAGAGCGUCCGUUUCCAAGCAAUGAGGGUGGCCUAUUUCGCCGUCGACGCAAUUGACAGCACUGAUGCCAAGAUUGUGCUAAAUCGAAUCGUUUCUUUGAAGGAGGACUCCGGGAAAAGUUGA